AUGGAAAGUAAAAAACGAAAGUCAGUAGAGGAUAAAGAAAAUAUUGUACAGAAUAAAAAGAAUAAAGUUUCGGAUCAAUCGUAUAUACAGUCUACAGAUUAUUUCAAAGAAGUAAAGAACUCUUUAAUUCCAACAGCAAUGGUGAGGAUUGAAUCAAAUGGUAUUUUAUAUGAACCAAUGCACGCAAUGCUGGAUACAGGUGCACAUCCAAACAUGGUAAGCUACUUUUUACGAAAACAAUGCAACCUCUCUGUGUCAUCGAUGAACGACAAGGUGGUAGGUAUAAAUGGCGCUCCAUUUAUAAUAAAACGAAAGACAUUGCUUAGAAUUCGUCCGUGGUAUGAUUCAGAAGAGUGUAUAGAAGAUAUAUUCCUAGUAUUACCAAAGGCAAGUGAAUGGCAACCAAUUUUACCACCAAAUUUCGUAGAUAUAACACCAGUCUCGACUACUUUCACGACACCUUAUGCGGAUCCAACGUAUUGGAAACCAACAUCGACACACAUUUUGUUAGGGGUAAAUAUUUUCUCAAAAAUAAUUUCGUCCGUUUUGACACGAAAAUUGGAUGGUACAGUGUUGUUGGAAACAACGUUAGGUGUAAUUGUGUCAGGCCCACAGUAUGAUUCUUCUAAUGAUAACAGCGUACAGGUACAUACAUCCAUAGAAUAUAAAAAAGAAGAACAACUGGACAGACUAUUAAGCCGAUUAUGGGAAAUGGAUCAAAUUGAAGUACACUCGAAUCGGACUAAAGAAGAAGAGUUAGUUGAAGAACAUUUCGUAAGCACACAUUUCCGUGAUACAGAUGGUGUAUUUGUCGUAAUGAUGCCAUUGAAGGAGGAGUAUAAAGAAAUAGGUUCAUCAAAACAAAUUGCAUUCCGCCGUUUCAUGUAUUUGGAAAAAAAGUUAGAGAGAAAUCCUCAAAUGCAUCAAUUUUAUGUACAACAAAUGAGAGAAAGCAUUGCGUUAGGCCAUUUACAACCGUGUACAGAAAAGCCACAGCCUGGUGAGAUUGUUUAUCAUAUUCCCCAUCAUUGUACAGAAAAAAAGAAACCACGAGUAGUUUACGAUGCAAGUUGUAAGACCGAUAGAGGUAUUUCAUUGAACGAUAUACAGAUGUUAGGAGAGAAGUUACAGAGAAAUUUACAUGAAAUCAUAAUGCGUUUUAGACGGCACCGUAUCGCAGUAUGCGCAGAUAUCAAGAAAAUGUUCAACCAGGUUAGGAUAAAUAGACAACAAUGGAACCUGCAGCGCAUAUUUUGGAGAGAAAAUCGUCAUGAUCCAAUCCGUGAGUAUUGGCUGACGGUAGUUACAUUCGGUUUGACUUCAUCGGCACACUUGGCGGUGCGCACAACUGUACAGGCCGCUCGUGAAGCGAAGAAAAGUUAUCCAGCUGCAGCCAAGGCUAUUGAGGAUGACUAUUAUAUGGAUGAUUGUACAUCCGGUGCAAGUACGGAAAAGAAAGCAUUCGAAUUGGCAAAGAAUAUGCAUAGAAUAUUAAAAGGUGCCGGUUUUAACUUAUGCCAAUGGAAAUCAAACUCAGUAGAGUUGUUGAAAGAGUUAGGGUCAGAUCUCCAUGAAACCUCAAUGGUGUUUUCGGAGGAGGAAGAUUCAUCGAUCUUAGGACUAAAAUGGUUGAUGAGGAAAGAUCAGUUUACGUUCGAAGUUAAAACACCAUUAAUUGAAGGAGAACUCACCAAGAGAAAAAUGGUCAGCUGUGUAGCUAAAUUAUAUGAUCCAAAUGGUUACAUUUCACCAGUGAUCAUCGCAGGCAGGAUCAUGAUUCGCGAUUUGUGGAAGAUCGGUAUAGAUUGGGAUCAAAACGUUCCAUUGGAAAAUAAGGAAAGAUGGUACAGUUACUGGAAUGAAAUAGUACAGUUAGAAGAUUUCAAAAUAGACCGUUGGUUAGGCACAUUGGAACAGACAACAGUAGAGAUACAUGGCUUCGCAGACGCAUCAUCUUUAGCAUUUGGUACAGUCUUCUACAUUCGUAUAGAGAAUUUUGAUGGUUCAAUAUUGAGCAACCUACUAACAUCAAAGGCUCGCGUUGCGCCAAUAAAACCUGUCACCAUUCCAAGAUUGGAACUAUCAGCAGCUGAAUUAUUAUCGAGACUACUGAUCAGUGUACAGGGUUCAAUGGAAUUUGAGAAUGCAUCAUAUCAUUUAUGGACAGAUUCAACAGUUGCAUUACACUGGAUUAAUAAGGAAGCACAUAAUUUGAAAGUGUUCGUAGCAAAUCGCGUACAGUCAAUUCAGGAUAAAUCCGAUGUGAAACGCUGGCACUAUGUCAACACGAAAGACAACCCAGCCGACUUGUUGAGUAGAGGUCUACUUCCAUCGGAGUUGAUAAAUAAUGACCUGUGA